AUGUGCACUACUUUCAACCAUCUCUCCUUCUUCUACUUCUUCAUCCUCCUCCUCUCCUCUGUCCAAAUCGAAGCCAGAGUCAACAAAUUCUUUAGCAAAUUCAUUCAUACGGAUCACAAGGUUGUUUCUAAUCUUACACUGGCGCCGGUCUUUGCUCCACCUGAGAUAUCUCCAUCUCUGGCACCAAUACCGGCUCUCGCCCCAUUUUUUGACGAAUCGCAUAAUGCUUACGGUCUAUACGAUCGUGAUGCCAAUGCCGGUGUAAAUACUCGAACGAUUACCAACAUGGAGGAGGAGAUUCUCGCGGGAAACGACGAGGACGAGGAGAAUUAUAAAGCUGGCUAUCCAAUGACGAAUUCUCAGAAGAAAAUUUACGAAAACAAUAACUACGAGAACAAUAAUGGAUUUACAAAUUCUAAGUACCAGAACAAUAAUGAGAACAGAAAUUCUAAGUACGAGAGCAAUUUCAAGAACAAUAACGCUUUGUUCUUGUUGAGUUCUUUGUCGGACAGUUGCAAAACCUUGGUUGUGACUAUUAGUAACUCUGCUCCAGAAGAUAUUUUGUCUUUAGAUGUUAUCAAACAAAACAUGUUCAAUGAAGAGUUAAGAAGAAAGGAUAUGAGAGUUGAUAAUUCACAUGCUCUUGUUGUUGAGAAUCCUGGAAGAAACAAGCGUAAGGGACCUAAAGACCAUGGUAACUCAAAAGGUAGGUCAAAGUCUACAGACAAAGAGACAGCCUGA